AUUUAAUCCGUUCGGAGGAACCACAUCUGUGCCAACGACACCGUUUGACAGAUAUCAAUUCAAUGGGGUGUUUGGUCGCAACGAGGUUUCAAAUGGUUGGAAUGAUUUAGGAACAACGAGUUCUACAUGGGGACCAUCAGAUAGUUACACAUCAAACGGUGGUAAUCUUUCACCCCGUUUACAAGCUCCAAAUUCUCCUCCAUUAUUCAAUAAUAAUGCAACAUUCAAUGUGUCACCGCCUCAAACCUAUCUGGAACAUCAACGAGCGUUUAAUCCACAAAUUGAGAGACAGCAAUAUUUAAUGAUGCAGCAAAGACAAUUACAACAGAAUCAACAUACUUAUCCAGAUACAUUUAUUCGUCAACAACAGCAAAGUUAUGUUGGUCUAUCUGGGCCAGUCUCUGCACCAAUUACAAAUGCUCCAAAUUCUCCAUUCAUUGAUGUAAUAACGAGAAAUGCAG